GUACCAGCGCCUUUAAAGCGCCGGAUGAAUUUAAAGUCUCCCUCCCUCUCCGCACCAACUACUUGUACGGGAAGAUCAAGAAAACGCUGCCUGAACUCUACACCUUCACCGUCUGCUUAUGGCUGAAAUCAGGCGCCUCUCCUGGAAUCGGGACCCCUUUCUCUUACGCCGUCCCAGGACAAACCAACGAAGUAGUGUUGAUUGAGUGGGGGAACAACCCCAUCGAGCUCCUGAUCAAUGACAAGGUGGCUCAACUUCCCCUCUUCAUCAGCGAUGGAAAGUGGCACCACAUCUGCAUCACCUGGACCACCAGAGACGGGAUGUGGGAGGCUUUUCAGGAUGGAGAGAAAUUGGGCACCGGAGAAAAUUUAGCCCCGUGGCAUCCCAUUAAACCCGGAGGGGUUUUGAUCCUUGGACAGGAACAGGACACCGUUGGAGGAAGGUUUGACGCCACCCAAGCGUUUGUUGGAGAAAUGAGCCAGUUCAAUAUCUGGGACAGAGUCUUAAAGCCGGACGAUAUUAUGAAGAUUGCCAAUUGCUCCAUCAACAUGCCCGGCAAUAUCAUUCCGUGGGUCGACAAUAACGUGGAUGUGUUUGGCGGUGCCACAAAAUGGCCCCUGGAGAGCUGUGAAGAACGUCUUCUUGACUUAUAGCC